AAAACAACUUGAUUUUUCUGUAUUUUAAAAUUAAUAUGCUGGUUGUCAAAAAUACUAAUUGAAUCGCAAUACAAAAAGAAAUAAACGUGAUUGCUGUUUGCUGGAGCCCCAUUAUGUUGCCACGACAAUUUAUUUUGUACAUCUGUACAAUAAACUUUAUCACAUUAUUUAGUGUCUCUGCUCAUAGUCAAAAAUUUAGUGACGCUCGUAUUCAUACCCUACCGGCUUAUGCCAUUGCUUCAGUAGCUGAUCUUAUUGAUUCGACGAUAUGUGGAAAGGAAUUGCAUAAAUUUCGAAAUGCUGUAGAUCAACGAAUAUUAUGGGGCUUGAAAGUAUUAGAUUCCAGUGGUGUAUUUAAUUCUGGUUUCCUUUACGGAAAUAACUAUUGGCUGGGAAGUCGUAGCCAAUGUCUCGAUACAAUGAAUACAGCUCGCCUACUGAAUUCAAAGCAGAAAAUAUUAAAUGAAACACUGUAUCAUGAUUCACAACAGCAGUUUCCUUCUUUUAAAGUGAAUUAUUUUGUUGUCUCAUUUUAG